UUGGAGACGCGGAACCUCUUUUCCCGGCAAGCGGAAGGUUCUUGCGAAAGCUUUUAAACGAGGCACCGCCCAGGAAACAGCAUUGCAGCAGAAACCGCCAAGACUUUUCCUAGGCGCUGCAUGGGACCACCAUGGCGGUGCGGGUGGUUGUGCGGCGUUGGCUCUGUCGGGACCCGUUCACUCAGCCGCCCGGAGGCGAGCUGGGGACUAGCGUGGAGCAGCUGCUGCAAAGCGCGACCGUCGAGGUGGACGAGAAGGCGCGGAAAGUUCAGCGCGCACCAGAGGAAAGCUCCGUGUUGCUCUUUCCUGGCCAGGGCAGCCAGUUUGUGGGAAUGGGCCGCGGGCUGCUGCGCUACCCGAACGUGCGUGAGCUUUUCCGCGUGGCCGAGGCCGUACUGGGCUACGACCUGUGGCGCCUCUGCCAGGCCGGCCCGAGCACCCAGCUGCACCGCACUGUGCACAGCCAGCCCGCCGUCUUUGUCUGCUCCUUAGCCGCCGUGGAGAAGCUGCAUCAUCAGCAGGCCGCGGUAGUUGAGAGCUGUAUUGCAGCUGCUGGAUUCAGCAUUGGAGAAUAUGCUGCCCUUGUUUUUGCAGGAGCCAUAGAUUAUGCAGAAGCCUUGUAUGCUGUCAAGAUACGUGCUGAAGCCAUGCAAGAGGCAUCUGAAGGCAUACCAAGUGGAAUGCUCUCUGUUAUUGGCCUGAAAGAUUCUGAUUAUCAAGCUGCUUGUUUUGAAGCUCGUGAAUACUGCAUGUCAGUGGGCAUAGAAGAUCCUGUAUGUGAAGUUUCAAACUACUUGUUUCCAAAUAGCAGAGUCAUUGCGGGACAUUUGCAGGCUUUGGAGUUUUUACAGAAAAAUUCAAAAAAAUUCUCAUUUGCACGUGUAAAAAUGCUGCCUGUGAGUGGUGCUUUUCAUACCCGACUUAUGGAAUCAGCAAUGCAACCUUUAUCUGAAGCUCUUGAAUCAAUCCAUAUCCAACAACCUCUCAUCCCUGUCUAUUCAAAUGUGGAUAGCAAGAAAUACAUGCAACCAGAACAGAUUCAGCACUUUUUAGUGGAGCAACUGGUUUCACCUGUGAAAUGGGAACAAAUAAUGCAUGCUAUCUACGAAAGGAGAAGAGGAACAAAGUUUCCUUAUACAUAUGAAGUGGGACCUGGAAAACAGUUAGGCGCAAUCCUAAGAAAUUGCAAUUUAAAGGCCUCAAAAUUCUAUACAAAUAUUGAUGUUUCUGAAGAUGAAACAAAUGAAGAAACAUAGAGAUCCUUGCAAGAAAUGGAAGGUGUUUGCUCCCUGCACAGAUUAAUUGCUUGUCAUCCCCUAAGCAAAAUACUGUCUAUUGUAUUUCUAGGCCUUUCAUCAAAUUGACAGAAUUGCCUGUGGGUGCCUUACAUGUAUUUGGUAUAUAUCUAUUUAGCAGGCCUAAUUAGUCAAAGCUUAGUGUCAGGAUCUGCGCAAGCUAAAACCUUUGAUUGCUUUUAAUUUAGUUUUCACAAUGUAUAUUAAAUGGUUAAUAGUAAAAUGCUAAUUGCAAACCGCUUGCUUGACCUGCCAUUGAAAUUAGAAGGAAGGGGGGAAGAGAAUACCAGGUGCUGUUAUCUUUACAUAGGCAUCUCCAAGGCCAAGCACUGUGAGAAUCGGAGCUUGGCGUGAAGAAUUUCAAGCGGGAAAAAGAGAAGA